AUGAGAGCUCUGGAUUUUGCCUGUGAACGUAAAAAGACUGUUGUUCCUAUUAUUUUGAGCAAGGUUGAAGACCUCCAUGACAGUCGUCUCCGCAUUGCUGGUUUGCUAUACAGCGACAUUCGAGUUUCCGAUGAUAUGCCAUGGGCCAAACGAAUGGCUGAUCUAUCAUCUCAAAUCGAUCACAAGUAUUUCAGGCGCAAAGAAAUAGAGGACGUUAACAAUCGAACUCCUGGAGCCAAAAGGGAAACAUGCCAGAUCAUGUUUAGUUAUUGCUGGAGCCAACAACCCAUGGUUAGGGAGAUCAAGGAUAGAUUACGAAACUCAUUAGCAGAGAGCCCAAACCCUGGACUGCAGAACAUUAAAAUCUGGUUUGAUGAAGAGCAAAUGUGUGAUAAUAUUUUUGAUCAUAUGGCCGAAGCUGUGGAUAAUGCUAAAAUGGUGAUAGCGUGGUUAUCAAAAGCAUACGAAGAGUCUGCCAAUUGCCGCAGAGAGCUACAGUAUGCUGCUACGAAUAAAAAGACCCUAUUGCCUGUUCGCAUUGAGCAAGAAACGACUCGGGUGGCUAGCUUAAUUCUCGGUGGAUGCACGUGUCUAGAAAUUUUCGAAGCCGCCCUUGUCGAUGAGUGUGUAGACGACAUAAUCAACUUGAUCAACUUUAAUCUAUUGGGCCAACCCCUACAACCUCUUCAUACUACUUACACGUUAAAUGAUAAGAUCAUGGAGCUGGAUACACGACAACGAGAACUUCACCAGCUUUUCAAGCCGUCUGACCAAAUAGAGAGAGAAAUUCAAAAGUCUGCGGCAAUUCGAUCUCCUAAUAGUAGGCGGUUGCUUUUGGAGAGAUUGAAGAAGUGGGCUAAUGAUGAUGGUGGCAACUUUCUGUGGUUGCGAGGUGAUAAAGGUUCAGGGAAAAGUGUCAUUGCUUGCUCUGCCACUACAUACUUGACACAACACGAUGUACAUGUCAUCGCAUUCCCAUGUCGGUAUAACCAGGAAGAUUUGAGUGACGCCAAUUCGUUGAUUAUAUCUUUAGCCUUCCAACUAUCCAUCUUGAAUGAAAAGUAUGCAGAGCUGUUGCUCAAAAGAAUGGAUGAUAUAGAAUGGCAAAAGUGGGGUAUUCGAACAUUGUUUGAACAAUUCCUCCUUGAUCCCUUAAACGAGCUCUCAGCUCAUCAACGAAGACUGGUAAUCAUUAUAGAUGCUCUAGAUGAAUGUGGUGUGCCAGGAUCAUUAGGACGUAAAGAGAUUCUGGGCUGUUUAGCAAAUGCAUCGUUCCCAGUUUGGGUAAAAUUCAUAAUCACUAGCCGACGUGAUAAAGAUCUACUAGCUGCUCUAGAUACCCGAUUUACUACCGCUCUACCACUCCAAGACCCAAAACCCGUCUCUGCCAGUCUUGAUUUCUUCAUUGACCUUGGGCUAGACACAAAUUUGGACGAUAUUCGGGAGUUUGCCCGUAUUGAGCUGAACAAGAUCAGAUUGCGAGGAUUCAACAGGGCUAAAGAGACUGAGAAUAUUAUAGAAAAGUGUAACGGAUCAUUUCUUUUGGCAUCACUGAUGUGUGAUAGCCUCUGCCAGUGUAUAUCUUUAGAAGAGAUCUCUGUAGCAAGGGAAUCUUUUGCCAUUGAUGGCAGUGAAGCAGCUGGCGCGGAUUUUCAGGAAAGUUUGUUCUUUCUGAGAGUCUUGACUGGAGCUUUGGGCCAAGAUAAGCGAUGGGGAACCACUUGGCUCUCCUCCUUCAAAGGGAUUGUUGGUGCUAUCGUGGCCUUACGUAGUGCUCUUCCAGUAUCGACCUUGGCAGCACUGCUAGCUGGUGGCGAUUCAUCUAAUACAGCAGAGAAAGGCUUCGAAAUACGCUCCGUUUUAGCACGGUUUUCUUCUCUCUUUGAUCUGGUUGGUGAUAAUGUCUCAAUUAGCCACAAAUCUUUGAACGACUUUUUAACCAACGCUCAGCGUUGCACCGAUACUCGAUUCUUUAUAAAUCCGAAGGAAAACCAUGCCUUUUUGGGACGCCAGUGUCUUGAAAUCUUGAACCACGAACUCGCUUUCAAUAUGGCAGGAAUGGACACAUACGGUGUUCCAUUACAUAACGAUAUACCUGACUUCCGACAUCGUGUGAAUACAGCCGUAUCGGGUGCCUUAUCAUACGCUAGUGUUCAUUUUAUUAGUCAUUUGCUCUCUGCUACAAUGGAUUAUGAUGAAAUAAAAGCUAUAAGGUCACUCAUUCAGUCAUUCUGUGAGUCAAAACUACUCUUUUGGGUUGAAGUCUUGUCAUUAGUCGGUCGUUUAGAUGUGGCUAUGACUGAACCUGCCAGUAUACAGUUUUCGGUCUCAGAGCAAAGUCGGCAGUUGCUUUUGGAUAUCAGCAGGCUUGUUUCCUACUUUAAAACACCCAUAGAAGUAUCCGCUCUGCACAUCUACCGGUCAGCAUGGAGAUUUUGUCCUCGUGAUACCUCUCUAUAUAUAGCAUACAACAAAUUCGAGCUUCUGACUGGUCCUAAAUAUGUACGUGGUCUUGAGACAGUGUGGGGUGCUUCAUUGCAAGUGUUGAAGGGUCAUACGGAAACGGUAUACACUUUGGCCAUUUCGCCUGAUGGCAAGACUAUCGCUUCAGGAUCUCUUGACAAAACAAUUCGGAUUUGGACAGCAUUGACUGGCAAGGAGGAAGCUGUCCUCAAAGGACACGAUGGUCCUGUUUCCAUUGUCGCGUUUUCUCCCAACGGGCUGUUUCUAGCAUCUGGUUCUCACGAUUGCUCGAUGCGGAUAUGGAAUACCUCUAAUUGGACGACCGCCCAAAUCAUCAAUGGCCACGAGAAGCAAGUUUGGGCACUUUGCUUUUCUCCAGAUUCACGGAUGCUCGCUUCUGGAGCAUUUGAUUGUACAGUUCGCGUGUGGUCACUUGAAAACAACGCAGAUCAACAGAUGCACAUAUUUCACCACGAUGAUUUUGUUACGGAAGUCAAGUUUUCCCCAGACCAAGCAACACUUGCAUCAGCCAGCUACGAUAAAACAGUAAAAUUGUGGGACCUAGAGUCUGGGGAAUGUCAUGUUUUGGAAGGACAUACAGAUCACGUGUUUUGCUUGUCGAUAUCUGCUGAUGGAAAGCUGCUUGCUUCGGGAGGGCAUAUGAGAGACAAGCGAGUUUUGAUAUGGGACUUAAUCUCUAAACGACUUUUAAGGAUCAUCGAGGGGCACAGUGCUCCUGUGAUGUCUGUCUCGUUUUCAUCAGAUGGACGCAUCCUAGCAUCUGGGUCUGACGACAAGUCGAUAAGGAUUUGGGAUACUACUUCUGGCAAAGAGCUCAGAACUUUAAACGGUCAUAAUGCACCUGUACGGUCUGUAUGCUUUCACCCCGUCAAUGAUGAGGAGCUAGUGUCGUGUUCUGUCGAUAAGUCUAUACGAAUAUGGGAUAUUGGUCUCGACAACAAGAGGGCAAGUCAGGUUUCAUUGGGCCACGAUGGAGAAGUGACUUCGAUAUGCCUUUCGUUUGAUUCGUCUCUCCUUGCAACUGGUGGAAUCGAUACUGUGGUGCGAAUCUGGCACCUAGAAACCGGCGCCGAAAAACAUGCACUACGCGGAAAUACGGACUCUGUAACAUCGUUAGCGUUCUCUACUAACGGAUCUAUUAUCGCCUCUGGCGGGGCAGACAAGUCCAUUCGAUUGUGGAAUCUCGUUUCAGGCGAGCCAGAAGGACGGGUGCUAACAGGCCACCUGAAGUCUGUGUCUUGUCUGGCCUUCUCUCCUGAUGGCAGUAAGCUUGUGUCUGGAGGCAAAGACUCUACUGCUCAGAUUUGGGACGUAACUACAGGAACUCAUAUAAGAACUUAUGUGCCAUUGCAUCAAAUGUCCAUCAAAUCUGUCAUAUUUUUGCCUUACGGAACCAAAGUAGCAGGAGGCUCAAAAGAGGCUUUCGGAGGAGAGGAGUACAAAUUUGUGUACAUUUGGGAUCUAACUUCAGACAGUAUUGAGAGUACCGAGAUGCGGGAAGGACUUGACGACGCUUCUCAGGUGGUGCUGGCACCGUCACCAUUCAUGAUUGACCAGUUUGGAUGGUUUUUGAAGAACGAAACCAAACUGUUUUGGGGACCACCAGAGAUCUCGCAAGGAAUUUGGUGUGUCUCCAGCGAUGGGUCAUUUUUUGGAGUUGGGACCUCUCAAGGACGCGUAGUAAUCAUUGACGCGAGAGACAUCCUUCACGGAAUCGGUGUAUUCCAGUUGAAUGCUCAAUUGAACGGUUGA